AGGGGAUAAAAGAUGUGGGAGGGUCUGCUGAACAUGGCUGAACAUUGGCUCAGUCCUCAUCCACUCACUCUGCUAAGGGGUCAGUGAUCAGUAGCAGUCACACAAACAAACACACAAUACAACAUGUACACUCACUCACUCACCCUUUAACUCACUUCCCUCUCAUUUUCGUUUUCGUUUUCCUUUCCAUUUCUCCAUUUCUCCAUACCAACACAAAAUGCGACUCUUCCUUUGUUCUCUCUUCUUCUUCCUCUUCCAUUCUCACACACUCCAUGCUGCGCGCAUCUCAGAAUAUCGCGCGCUUAUCUCUUUUAAAGCGUCUUCCAUAACCGACGACCCUACCAAUGCUCUCUCCUCCUGGAACACCACCACUCCCUACUGUUCCUGGUUCGGUGUCACGUGCGACUCCCGCCGCCACGUCACCAUCCUUAACCUCACCUCCUUGUCCCUCUCCGGCACACUCUACGAUGACCUCUCCCACCUCCCUUUCCUCUCCUACCUCUCCCUCGCCGACAACCAGUUCUCCGGCCCAAUCCCCUCCUCCUUCUCCGCACUCUCCGCCCUCCGCCAUCUCAACCUCUCCAACAACGCCUUCAACGCCACCUUCCCCUCCAACCUCGCCCGCCUCGCCAAUCUCCAAGUCCUUGACCUCUACAACAACAAUAUGACCGGUCCCCUCCCCCUCGCCGUCGCCGCCAUGCCCCUCCUCCGCCACCUCCACCUCGGCGGCAACUUUUUCGCCGGCCAGAUCCCUCCCGAGUAUGGCACCUGGCAGCACCUCCAGUACCUCGCCGUCUCCGGCAACGAGCUCACGGGAAACAUCCCUCCGGAGCUUGGAAACCUCACCGCGCUUCGCGAGCUCUACAUUGGCUACUACAACGCUUACUCCGGCGGCAUCCCGCCGGAAAUUGGAAACCUGUCCCAGCUUGUCCGUUUCGAUGCCGCGUAUUGCGGACUCUCCGGCGAUAUUCCGGCUGACCUCGGAAGGCUUCAGAAUAUGGACACGCUCUUUCUUCAGGUGAAUGCGCUCUCCGGCUCGCUCACUCCUGAGCUGGGGAACCUGAAGAGUCUCAAGUCGAUGGAUCUGUCCAACAACGUUCUCUCCGGCGAGGUUCCGGCCAGCUUUGCGGAGCUCAAGAAUCUCACUUUGCUGAACCUCUUCCGGAACAAGCUCCACGGUGCGAUUCCAGAAUUUGUCGGAGAGCUACCGGCGCUGGAGGUUUUGCAGCUAUGGGAAAACAACUUCACGGGAAGCAUUCCUCAGAGUCUGGGAAGAAAUGGAAAACUCACUCUCGUUGAUCUUUCUUCGAACAAGUUGACGGGAAUGCUUCCUCCUGAUAUGUGCUACGGGAAUCGUCUUCAGACUCUGAUAACUCUCGGGAAUUAUCUGCUCGGUCCCAUUCCGGAUUCGCUUGGGAAGUGCGAGUCUCUGAAUAGGAUUCGAAUGGGUGAGAACUUUCUUAAUGGUUCUAUUCCUGUUGGUCUAUUUGGGCUUCCCAAACUCACCCAAGUAGAGCUUCAGAACAAUCUUCUCACUGGACAGUUUCCUGAGGGUGGUUCCGUUGCUGUUAAUCUCGGUCAGAUCAGUCUCUCUAAUAACAAGCUCUCUGGGCCGUUGCCACCCACCAUCGGAAACUUCACCAGCAUGCAGAAGCUUCUUCUCGACGGUAACAAGUUUUCGGGUCAAAUCCCUUCGCAGAUAGGCAGGCUGCAGCAGCUCUCCAAGAUUGAUUUUAGCCAUAAUCAGUUUUCGGGCCCCAUUGCUCCCGAGUUAAGCAGGUGCAAGCUUUUGACUUUCAUUGACCUCAGCCGCAAUGAGCUCUCUGGUGAGAUUCCAAAUCAGAUAACUGCAAUGCGGAUAUUGAAUUAUCUGAACCUUUCAAGAAACCAUUUAGUUGGCUCAAUUCCAGGCUCCAUAGCUUCUAUGCAAAGUUUAACAUCUGUUGAUUUUUCCUACAACAAUCUCUCUGGUUUGGUUCCUGGAACCUGGCAGUUCGGCUACUUUAACUACACCUCUUUCCUAGGGAACACUGAACUCUGUGGUCCUUAUUUGGGUCCUUGUAAAGACGGGGUUGCCAAUGGCCCUCGUCAACCUCAUGUUAAAGGUCCUCUCUCUUCUUCGUUGAAGCUUCUGUUAGUUAUAGGGUUGCUUGUGUGCUCCAUCGCAUUUGCUGUUGCGGCAAUAAUCAAAGCUCGGGCUUUGAAAAAGGCUAGUGAAGCUCGUGCGUGGAAAUUAACUGCGUUCCAGCGUUUGGACUUCACUGCUGAUGAUGUUCUGGACUGCUUGAAGGAGGACAACAUAAUAGGAAAAGGAGGUGCAGGCAUUGUGUACAAAGGUGCAAUGCCGAAUGGGGAUCAGGUUGCUGUGAAAAGGUUACCUGCCAUGAGCAGGGGAUCUUCGCAUGAUCAUGGUUUCAAUGCUGAGAUUCAGACAUUGGGGAGGAUUCGACACAGACACAUUGUUAGACUGUUGGGUUUCUGUUCAAACCACGAGACAAAUCUCUUUGUGUAUGAGUAUAUGCCUAAUGGAAGUUUGGGUGAGGUUCUUCAUGGCAAGAAAGGUGGUCAUUUGCAUUGGGACACAAGGUAUAAGAUUGCUGUGGAGGCCGCGAAGGGCCUGUGCUAUCUACAUCAUGACUGUUCGCCACUCAUUGUCCAUCGAGAUGUUAAAUCCAACAACAUCCUUCUUGAUUCUAACUUUGAAGCUCAUGUUGCGGACUUUGGGCUCGCUAAGUUCCUGCAAGAUUCUGGAACAUCUGAAUGCAUGUCUGCAAUUGCCGGUUCGUAUGGAUACAUAGCUCCAGAGUAUGCCUACACGUUAAAAGUUGAUGAGAAAAGCGAUGUUUACAGCUUUGGAGUUGUUCUUUUGGAGCUUGUAACAGGCAGGAAACCAGUUGGGGAGUUUGGUGAUGGUGUGGACAUUGUGCAUUGGGUGAGGAAAAUGACGGAUUCAAACAAGGAAGGAGUUCUAAAGGUUCUUGAUCCUAGACUUCCAUCAGUUCCUCUCCAUGAGGUGAUGCAUGUUUUCUAUGUAGCCAUGCUAUGUGUUGAAGAACAGGCAGUGGAGCGACCUACUAUGCGAGAAGUUGUUCAAAUUCUCACCGAGCUUCCAAAGCCACCGAGCUCUAAACAGGGGGACUUGACGGAGUCCUCUCUGUCUUCAUCAAACAUUUUAGAGUCUCCAACCACGGUAUCUAAGGAAUCUAAAGAUAAUCAACGCCCUCCUCAGUCUCCACCACCCGAUCUUCUUAGCAUUUGAAGGGAUAUAUGUUUGGAAUGGGAUGUGUUUCAUAUUUUUCUCUUUUGGGUUGUGAUAGCUUAUCUAGUUGCGUUCUUCAGUUUUUUUCUUCUUUUUGGGGUUGGGUUUCUGCUAAGGUGUUAAAUGUUUGAAUAUUUCUUUACAGUAAUGGUUUGCAAUUUGUACAUUAGGAUCGGUGGGAGUAUUUUGUUAUAUAAAUUCUCUGUCUUCAUCA